AAUUUCAAUCUGAAAAUAAAAGCAUGUGUUUAUUGUGUUUUGCUUAGAGUUUUUAGUUAUUAACAUGUUAGUUUAGUAACGUCAGUAUAGACUUGCUAGUCGCGCCUACCUAAUAAAACUAAUAAGGAAAUUUAUACGAGUACUCUAAAGGUUUGAUAUAUUUAUAAAACCAAAAUGGCAGACGACGAAUGGCAAGAUGAAGCGGUCGUGGCCAUGCCUUCAGCACCCAUAUCUUCAGGAUACGACAGCCGUCCGAGAGCAGGUGGCAGAGGCAGAGGACGCAGUAACGAUUCCAAUUGGAGAGCACGUGGCCCUCAGACUAGUAGCUACGACGACCGGCGUGACAAUAGAGACGGAGAUCGUCGGGAUGGCGGCGACCGGCGCAACGGAGAUCGCCGGAAUUUUUCACGACAAGACGAAGGUAACAGGAAAGUAAUUUCAGUCCCAUCCUCAAAGAUCGGUCGGGUAAUCGGUAAAGGCGGGUCUAAAAUCAAAGAUCUUGAAUUUGACUCUGAGGCUAAAGUAAAAAUCGGAGAUACUAGCGGCGACGAAACUGACAUCACGCUGACGGGUACUGAUGAGGCUAUCGCAAAGGUUGAGGACAUGAUUAAAGAUCUUGUCAAAGACUAUAAGCCUGCUGGAUCACGAGAUUUGAACACCAGUAACAGCAGCAAUCAGUCUGGGGAGUUUAUGACAAAAAAUGAAAAUGGUGUGGAAGUUAUUGACUGGUCCAAGUUGAAUUCGUUUUAUGAAGAGAGUCAGAAGGAGCGAUGGAGCAAGCUACCGCCUAUUGUUAAAGAUUUCUAUAAGGAAGAUCCUCAAGUAGCUGCAAUGCCCGCUGCUGAAGUUAGUCGUUGGCGUAAAGCAAACCAUGACAUUCAAGUAAAGAGAACUUUUGAUGAAAAACCUGGUUUAAGGCCUAUUCCUAAUCCAGUUCUGACAUUUGAACAAGCGUUCCAGCACUACCCUGAGAUUCUGGAGGAAAUUUAUAAGCAGGACUUUAAGCAACCCUCUCCAAUUCAAAGCCAAGCUUGGCCAGUUCUCCUAAGAGGCGAUGAUUUAAUAGGCAUUGCUCAAACCGGUACUGGCAAAACAUUAGCUUUCCUUCUGCCAGCUCUAAUACAUAUUGAUGGUCAGACUACCCCAAGAGAAGAGAGAGAAGGUCCAUCAGUCCUUAUAUUAGCUCCGACCAGGGAGCUAGCUUUACAGAUUGACAAAGAGGUAUCCAAGUAUCAAUACCGAGGCAUUAAGUCAGUGUGUUUAUAUGGAGGGGGAGAUCGUAAAGAACAAAUCAAAGUAGUGUCCAAAGGUGUAGACAUUGUCAUUGCUACUCCUGGAAGACUGAAUGACCUUAUAAUGGCUAGGCACCUGAACAUCAUAAACUUCUCGUACAUUGUCCUUGAUGAGGCUGACAGAAUGUUAGACAUGGGCUUUGAACCUCAGAUCAGAAAAUCCUUGUUUGAUGUCAGACCUGACCGCCAGACAGUAAUGACCUCGGCCACCUGGCCUACAGGUGUGCGGCGCUUAGCAGAGUCCUAUAUGAAGGACCCUAUCCAGGUUAAUGUGGGAUCACUGGAUCUCGCGGCAGUUCACACAGUGACACAAAAAGUUGUAUUUGUUGAGGAAGAUGAAAAAGAGCAAUAUCUUCUAGAUUUCUUAAACAACAUGGAGCCUACGGACAAGGUGAUUGUAUUCUGUGGUAAGAAGGCAACAGCAAACCAUAUUUCUACUGAACUGGCAAUAAGAAACAUUAGUUGCCAAGCUUUGCAUGGAGACAGAGACCAGAGUGAUCGUGAAGCGGCUUUAGAAGAAAUGGUUGAUGGGACAGUAAACAUUUUGAUUGCCACUGAUGUUGCUUCCAGAGGAAUAGAUAUCAAGGACCUCACUCACGUUAUUAACUUGGAUUUUCCGCGUCACAUUGAAGAGUACGUGCACAGGGUAGGCAGGACUGGUCGAGCGGGAAAGACAGGCAUUUCACUGUCAUUGAUAGCGAGGAAUGAUUGGGCACAUGCAAGGGAAUUGAUAAAAAUCCUUGAGGAAGCUAAUCAGGAAGUUCCUGAUGAAUUGGAGCAAAUGGCACAGAGGUUUGAAGCCAUGAAGUUGCGUCGCGACGGUGAAGGAGGCGGGCGUGGGGGCCGUGGUGGCGGACGUGGUCGAGGAGGUCGUGGAGGAGGAGGUUAUGGCGGUGGCGGCCGCGAUGGAGGCUACGGCGGCGGCGGACGCGAUGGUGGUUACGGCGGCGGCGGUCGCGAUGGUGCUUACGGCGGCGGCGGUCGCGAUGGUGGUUACGGAGGUGGCGGUGGAUAUGGAGGGAGAAGAGACAGAUAUUAGUCUCCUCUCAAUUUUUGACUGUUACUGAGGGUCUCAAAAAUUUUAUCAAUUUACAGCCAUGUUCAGUCUUCCAAGCUAGACUACAGAAAAGUUUUAAGAACUCAAGGUCUACCAUCUCAACUUGGCUACUUUUUCGAUUCAUCCGAUUUAACCAGUAUUAUUACUACCUGUAGGUACUGUACCCGCCCCUCUUUAAUAUUACUUAUAUACCUAGUUGUAAUUGUUUUUUUUUUAGACUGAAAAUAAGCCAGGCUUAAAAUAUUGUCAGUUUCAGAUGUAGUGCAUAAUUAUUACCCUUCGUAUUUUCACAGGAACGUACGAACGUGUCUUGCUAUUUCAGUCAGUCUCGGUACAAAAAGUACUGAGAUUGACUGAAGUAGCAUGACAAAUACGAACUUUUCCGAGAAAAUACGAAGGAAAACAAUUAUGCGCUACAUCUGGAAUUCUGGAAUAUAAUAUAUUGUUUAUCUCUUGUGCGAGAGAAGAUGACUGAUCUGACAGUAGACUAUUGUAACAAAAUGUGUUAUAGUUUAUAAGGUAUACAUUGGAAUCUUGCAUGCAAAUCACGGCAAACUAGGCUGGAAGGUCAACAGAACUACAAGCAUAAAAAUACAAAAAUACUUACAAAUAAAGAAUGAACUGCGGAACACCAGUGAACGGUAACCGGAAGUAGCCAGAAAUUUCUUUGACAGUUUUAAUCAAAACAGUUACUCUUAAAUGUGUGCGAUGCUGUACAAUAGGGAAACUACAUGGUUAAUAUAAAUUUAUAUCUGAAGAAUGAAGUGACGAAAUAUAAUUAACCUCAGCCUCUUCAAUACAGGUAUGGUGACAAAUACACCAUUCAGCUCCAUUUAUUUAUGUUUUCCCGACGUUCUGUACGUGUCUUUAGGUUCUAACUCACAAAAAGACAAAACAAGCUAGGAGGGAAGGAUGCUUGGUUGGUUAAGUCUAUGCGGCUAAGAACGCAAAGAUACGUUCGAAACGUCUGUAUAAUUAUAAGUUUCUUAGUACCUAAUUUGCCGUGAAUUGCGAAUAGUUACCAAUCCUUGUUUAUAAGUUUAUAUAACAUUGUCAUAAUCAAGGACUAUCUGAAUUUAUGAUAAAGGUGUAUUUCUGUUGUCCUGUUACUUGAUGAAAAUAAAAAGCAUUUUAAUUUGGUUUAUCAUGUAUAUUGUUAACAUUA